AUGGUAGUAGACAAUGAUACACAAACUAUAGAAUUUUUUCUUUUGGGGUUAUCAAAGGACCCAGAACUACAGCCCCUCACAUUUGGAUUUCUCCUCUCCAUGUACUUGAUCACAAUUUUUGGAAGCCUGCUCAUCAUCCUGACCACCAUCUCUGACUCCCAUCUCCAUACACCCAUGUAUUUCUUCCUCUCCAAUUUAUCCUUCAUUGACAUAAGCUUCACUUCAACCACCAUCCCCAAGAUACUAUUUAAUAUACAGACACAGAGUAGAGUUAUCACCUAUCAAGGCUGCCUCAGUCAGCUGUACUUUUUCAUACUCUUUUUAGGGAUGGACAACAGUCUUCUGUCUAUAAUGGCCUAUGACCGUUUUGUGGCCAUUUGUCACCCCCUGCAUUACACUGUCAUCAUGAACCCCAGGUUCUGUGGAACCCUACUUCUGGUGUCUUGGAUUAUAAGCGCUCUGCAUUCCUUGUUACACACCCUCAUGGUGUUACGUCUCUCUUUCUGUACAGACCUGGAAAUCCCCCACUUUUUCUGUGAACUCAAUCAGGUGAUAGAACGUGCCUGUUCUGACACCUUUAUUAACAGUAUGGUGAUGUACUUUGGAGCUGGGAUGGCAGGAGCUGUUCCCCUCACAGGGAUCGUGUAUUCUUAUACUAAGAUUGUUGCCUCCAUUACUGGAAUCUCUUCAGCUAACGGAAAGUAUAAGGCAUUUUCCACCUGUGCCUCUCAUCUCUCUGUUGUCUCCUUGUCCUACUGUACAGCUGUUGGUGUGUAUCUGAGCUCUGCUGUUUCCAAGGACUCACACCCCAGUGCCAUUGCCUCUGUGAUGUACACAGUUGUCAUGCCCAUGAUGAAUCCCUUCAUCUACAGUCUCAGAAAUAAGGACAUAAAGAGGGCUAUGAACACAUUCUUGGGGACAGCAGCUCUAAAAUUAACCAAUGUCCUGGGUCUUAAGCAUUCAUAA